CACGUGGGGUAGAGCAGAAUUUAUUUACAUAAGCAGGAAAUGGAUAAAAUCACUCUGCCAAUUUUGGUGGUUUGCAUCAUCCAUACAGACAAAUCUUACAAAAGCAAUUCAUUUUAGUUUUCUGCAUGUAAUUUCAGCUUCUUUUUUUUUCCUUGUGAAAUUGGGGUAUGUACAAUUUUGUUACAUAAAUACAUACCCAAUAUUUUUUUUUUUUUCUAUUUUGUCCUUUAUAUAUUAGAACCAGCUAAUAUUCAUUCCCAUGGAGCCUGUUAUGGGGAUGUAAGUGACACAAAUCUUCUUCUUGAGUUUCUUGGUGUUUUCUCUUCAUUGGACAACAUUUUUGCCCACGUCGUCACAUUGACUGCAUGUAUAGGUCGAAGAUUCAUCUGUUUUAUUGAGGAUCUUGUUCUCAAGGAUGUCAUUACUUCUGGACCAUGUCGGAGCUCUUCAAGCCACGGGAAUUAUAAAUUCCUUCUGGAAGAACGCUUUUCAUCUUCCAAGUCUUGCACUGUGAAUACAAGCCCUAGAAUCCUAGGAAGAAGAUUACUUACAGAAAAUUCGCUUGUAAAUGCACAUUCUGAAGCUGUGGAAACCAAUCACAGUAAGCAAGGGAUUGCUUUCAUUGUUCAAGGGUUGCAUGAUAUGAGAUCCAGUGGCAUAGAAGAAAAGCUUUGAAUAAAAGCAUUUUGUGCUUAAGGAAUGGCCCCAGUUGUUGAUGGUACGGAGAGAUUCCUGGAACUACUGGGAGCUAUAAGAAAUGGCGAGCACACAGUAUCCAACUCAUUUGUAUAUCUACUGAUUCCAGGUCUCUUUAGCAAUCAUGGUCCUUUGUAUUUUGUGGCUACUAAGAGAUUUUUUUCAAAGAUGGGUUUGGCUUGCCAUAUAGCAAAAGUCCACAGUGAGGCAUCGGUGGAGGACAAUGCAUGGGAACUGAAGCAGCACAUUGAGGAGCUUUAUUGGGAGUCUGGCAAGCGACUGGCACUGGUCCAGAGGUGGUAUGGUGGCACCCCCAUAGUGUCAGAUAUUCUCCGUGAAGGUCAAAUUGCUGAAAAAAGAAACAAGAUAAUGGAAUUUGUGGUAUGCAAGCUCAUUAAGGGUGACAUACGAGCACUAGAAGAUGCCACCUACAAAAAGCGGAAAGAGUUCAUCAUGAAUCACAAGCUCCCAGAGGGCAUCCCUCUUAUCUCCUUCCACUCAGAAGCAAGCACUGCCCCUGGUGUUCUUGCUACAGUGAACCGGAUAGCUCAUGCUGAAGUUCCUUGGUUUCCACUUCUCAAGUUUGGCAGCGAGGAUCCUGAUAACGUUGUUAGAGCAAGAUGUCAAGUACCCGUAGUAAUUCCUGCCUCCGCUGCCAUGGCAAUAUGUUCACUUCACCUGCAACUCAGAUAUGGGGAGAAGAGUGAUGGAUUGGUGACAUGCCGUGAUGCUGAAGUUCCCGGGUCUGUUGUAGUCAGACCAGACCGGAAGCUUGAUCGUGCUUGGAUGGUUUACUCAACAUUAAAGAAGAAUCCCAGUGAGCCUAAUGCUUGUGAAAUGUGUGAGGCUCUUAUGAUUCUGCUAGUGGAACUUGGGAAGAGCCCUUCACUCAAUGAGGCAGAGAUCAAAGGACAGUUUCUGAAUGAAAUCAAGAUAGGAACAAAUGAAAGCCUCUACUCGCAGUGCGGAGUAAAUUACUAUGGAUUGAUGUCCAUGGGUCUAUUGAUGAAUUCCCUCCAUCCAUGAGGACCCCCCCAGGCUUGCAUAAUUGCCUGUGGGCUGAUAAAUAGUAAUUACCCCAAAUUACAGUUUUAAAUACCUGUUGUCAAAUUAGUGGACUUUGAAGUGGAUGUGUUGGUCCAUAAUCGUGUCUGUUCUUAAAGCCCAGAGAAGGAGUCGUUGUUAACAAAUUUCCUACAUUAAA